CACAAAAGCAAAACCCCCCUGAAUUGUGCUCGCCGGGGCGGCCAAUGAGCUCGGAGCGGCGGUGGUGGCUCCGUGUCCGCCGGCAGGCCGGCCGGGGGGGCCAGUUUACAGCCGGACUCCUGUGGGUGUCAGGAGAAUUUUCCAAUCCGUCACUCAUUGUACCAAUUGUCUAUAAAGAUUCCUGUGCGGGUGCGUCUCUGCCUUCAGGGCUAUUGAAUUACAAACCACAGCCCAUGAAACAAAGAGAUGAACGACGACGAAGAUUUCAAGGGUAGAAGCAAAGACCAAAUAGACGGCACAGGGAUGAGCCUGCAGGGCAACGGGAAGGGCGUGAGGGUGACGGGGAAAAACGUAGCUCGGGUGGACUGGGGCAGCAGGAGAGGAGGUCCGUCCAUCGUCCACUCUCCCACCCGCACCCCUUUGCCAACAGACGUCGCCCCCACUGUGAUCUCCAUCGGGCCCCUGCCUCGCAGGGCCCCGGAGCCGAUGGAGGACCCCGGGACGGACAAACCGGCCGCUGGGGGGGAUUGGACCACGAAGGCGUCCCGCGUGGAUUCAGGCGUCAACCGGCAGACCAUGGAGGAGCUGAAGACCCUGCUGAGGGACAGUCCUCUGCUCAGCAUCCAGGGACGAGACGACGGGAAGCCGGGGAGUCCUUACACAUACCUGCAUGGAGGUGGAGGAGGUGGUGGUGGUGGUGGUGGUGGUGGUGGUGGGAGGCCCGACGCACGACUGGGCGACGGGAACCCCAACAGGAUGUUCAGCACCUUCAAACCCCAGUGUGACGCUUCCGGAAGGGGGCCCCGGUCCAGAGACGGCUCGUCCGCCGUGGAUUCAUCCAGCUCCGUCAGGUCCGACUACAACACAAAUAGUCGGCCCGGAGUUCGGGACAACGCGCAUGCGACCGCCGGCUCCUGGGGAGAGACCGGAGCUCCUCGUACAGAUAACGGACGCGAGACCGUCGAGAUCUUCGGGAACCAGAAGUUCAUCGCAGCCAUGGAGCAGAUCAAGCAGCAGAUCACCAGAGAAAACGUCAACUUUGUCCGCUUUGAGGCCACCGACCUCCACGGGGUGUCCCGGUCCAAGAUGGUGCCCGUCCGCUUCUUCCACGAGAAAGCGGUGUAUGGGGUACCGAUGCCGAGAAGCUAUUUGGAGCUGACCCUGAGCCCUCAGAGCAACGAAGUGGACAAUGCCAACGCCGCCAACUUCAGCAGCGACGUCCUUCUGAUCCCCGACCUUUCGACCUUCAGGGUCUUACCCUGGGCCGAGCAGACGGCCCGGGUCAUCUGCGACCCCUGCGCGGUGACGGGGAUCCCCCUCCGCACUUCGCCUCGCCUCAUCGCCAAGCAGCUCCUGGGCCAGCUUCAAAGCCUCGGCUUCUCGCUGUACUCGUCCUUCACCUACGAGUGCUGCGUCCUCGGGGCGCCGGACCGGAUCGGACCGAAGACCCUCCUGUUCCCGGCCACCACCCUGCUCGGCAACCACGACCUGCCCUUCUUCCAGCAGCUGGUGGACGGCAUGUACUGCAUGGGCGCGGACGUAGACAGCAUCGCGUCCGCCAGCGGGCCCGGCCAGAUGGAGAUCAACCUGAGGCCCGAGUUCGGCAUCGCCGCCGCGGACAGCGCCUUCACCUUCCGCACCGGCAUCAAGGAGAUGGCCCGUAAGCACAGCUACAUCGCCAGCUUCUUCACCGACGACGGGCUGUACAACGCCGGGGUGCUCUCGCACAGCUUGUGGGACGCCAACGGGCGGCGAAGCCUCUUUCUCGGCGGGGAGAAAGCCGGCGAGCUGUCCGAGAUCGGCAGGAAAUGGCUGGCGGGGCUCCUCGCCCACUCCGCGGCCCUGAGCUGCCUGAUGGCGCCCGGCCUGAGCUGCCGGAGCCACAUGGCCAAGACCAUCAAGGACCCCAAGCGGAUGCUGUACGCCACGUGCGGCUGCAACGACAACAGCAGCUCCUUCAACGUCAAGUGUCACGGCGGCCGGGAGACGCACAUCGACAACAAGCUGGGCUCGGCCAUGGCCAACCCUUACAUCGUGCUGGGGGCCACCGUGGCCGCGGGACUGGACGGCAUCCGGCGAAACCUGAACCUGGACGGCGGCCCGAGCAAAUCCCCGGGUCAGCAGAGGGACUUCGCCGUUCCCGUGAAGCUCGACGACGCCCUGGAGGCGCUGGGGGAGGAUCACGUGAUCCGCGGCGCCCUCGGGGAGCCGUUCAUUCAGUAUUUCAUCGCCAUGAAAAAGUUUGAGAUCGAAACCCAAGAGCUGGACGACGAGAGGAACAAGUGUCUGGAGUAUUUCAUCUAGAAACCCGUUUGUGAAACGGCGAAAACACGCAAAUAAAAGCAUGAAAACCAGCUUGAAUAGCUUUUUAUUUUAUAUAUUAUGUCAAUACUUUAUUACGAUAAGAUAAGAUAAUUCUUUUGCGGGAUUAUUAUCAUAUCAUAAUUAUUUCAGA